CAGGUGUGCCGGGCGGGCGGAGCCAGCUGGGGCGCGGGGGUGGAGCCGGGGCCGGCAGGUAAGAGCUGCCCCGCGGCGAGCGCCAGUGGACCGGAUGAAGUGCCGCCGCCUCUGCGCUUUCGAUGCGGCCCGGGGCCCCCGGCGGCUCAUGCGGGUGGGCCUGGCGCUGAUCCUGGUGGGCCACGUGAAUCUGCUGCUGGGGGCCGUGCUGCACGGCACCGUCCUGCGGCACGUGGCCAACCCCCGCGGCGCCGUCACCCCGGAGUACACCACCGCCAAUGUCAUCUCCGUGGGCUCAGGGCUGCUGAGCGUUUCUUUGGGACUUGUGGCCCUUUUGGCGUCCAGGAAUCUUUUUCGCCCACGACUGCACUGGGCCCUGCUGGCGCUAGCGCUGGUGAACCUUCUCUUGUCUGCUGCCUGCUCCCUGGGCCUCCUCCUCGCUGUGUCCCUCACUGUGGCCAAUGGCGGCCGCCGUCUCAUUGCCGACUGUCACCCAGGACUGCUGGAUCCUUUGGUACCGCUGGACCAGGGGUCUGGACAUGCUGACUGCCCCUUUGACCCCACGAAAAUCUAUGACACAGCCUUGGCUCUCUGGAUCCCUUCUGUGUUCAUGUCUGCAGCCGAGGCUGCUCUCUCUGCUUACUGCUGUGUGGCUGCGCUCACCCUGCGUGGGGUAGGGCCCUGUAGGAAGGAUGGGCUGCAGGAGCAGCUGGAGGAGCUGACAGAGUUUGAAUUUCCUAAACGUAAAUGGCAGGAAAAUGUGCAGCUACUGGACCAAACGCGAGAUAUCCGGACCGCACAGAAAAGUUGGGUUUAGGGCCAGCAGGUGCAGGUCCGAAGGCUCUGUCCACAAGGGUUUUCCACUGACCCCUAGGAUAUGUUUAUAUAGUAACAACUGUAAUAAAAGGAUGUCUCUUCUA